AUGGAGGCUCCGGUGGACGUGGCUGCAGGUCCUUGUAAAGACCUCACCCACAUCGUCAAGGGUGUACGUACCAAGAGACAGAGGCUUCGUUCCCCCAUCCCUUCCAUCAUAAGAGGCGGCAGCGAUGCGUAUUGCAACAGCAUUCACCACCACAAUAAUCACGGGUCCGGCUCGUCCACCGUCGAGGAGAGCAUAAGCAUUACGUCCGAGGAUGAAGAAACUGCCAAAUGCUUAGUCCUCUUGGCUCGAGGGCAUCGUUUUCCACAGAAAAGCAAGAUUGAUCAUGAUCAAGAUUAUAAAUUCAACAGCAAAAAAUAUAUUGAAACAUCAUCAACUGGUGGAAACAAGGCAGGAAUUUUUGUAUAUGAAUGCAAAACUUGCAGCCGAACCUUUCCGUCUUUUCAAGCACUUGGUGGCCACAGGGCCAGCCAUAAGAAACCUAAAAACAUGGCUAAAAGAACAUUUUUCCUAUCUGAUUCUGAAGAUGAUUUUUCAUUCACUAUGCAUAAAAAUGGCAUCAAAAUAUCUUCUCCUCCUUCUCUUCAACCAGUUAUCAACACGGAGAAUUCGUCCUUUUGUUCUUUUAAGGUUCAUGAAUGCUCUUAUUGUGGGGCUGAGUUCACUUCCGGACAGGCUUUGGGAGGACACAUGCGGCGGCACAGGGGCGGCGGCGGCCCUGCAGUUGCUGCAACCAACACAACCUUGUCUUUGAGUACUCCUACGAGCCAAGCUUCAUUUGAUUAUUACAAUCAAGAAUUUGAGGAAUCGAAGAAGACAACAAGAAAUUCUCUGUCUUUGGAUCUUAAUCUUCCGGCCCCAGAAGAUGAGCAUAAACAAAAGCAACAAAAAGAAGCUGAAUUUGAUUUUUCUACCACCCCAGCAUUGGUUGACUGUCAUUAUUGA